AUGCAGCCCCUUUAUUCAGUAUCGCCAGACAAAUAUAGUGAAAAAAAUCUAAUAAAUAGCGUCCGUGACAUAUUUUCGGAUUGCUUUCCCACCACGGUUCCUGGAGCCGCAGGUGAGGCUGCAGAGGAGCUCGUAACGUGGGCAAAAUUCGAAACCCUACGCCUAACUCCCAAGUCUGUUCACAAUGAAACCCUUGUCCUCUUACUGGGAACGAACCGGGGCAUGUCCAUUUGGUCAUUUGCUCAUAAUGGCGUUGCCUCGCUUCUGUAUGCUCGCAUAAGCCCUUUCAUUAUCUCCGCAAAACUGCUUCCGGAGCCAUCAAACUGCCUAGUUGACUACUUUGACGAGGCACGCCCUCUCAUCGCCACCUCUCAGGAACAAGCUCACUGUAAAUGGGUAAUUCACUUUGCUUCACUGGCUACGGGUGCCACGGAAGUAUGCUAUGCUACAAAUUCCUGUGUCUCUUCCUUAGAGGCCAACCAGAGAUUUGUUUUGGUCUGUCGUGUAGAUUCAAUCACGGUUCUCUCAGCGCACACUUUGCUUGAGCUGUUUACCGUAGGAAGUAAGUAA